UCUUCCCCCAAAUGCUGGCCACUGUCGCUGCUCGUGCUAUUGCCACACGGUCGCUCUCGACCUCCGCCGUCGCUGCUGCUGCUGCCGCCGGCGCCCAGGCCGCUGCUGCCCUCGACCCCGUCCAGAAGUUCUACAUUGGCAAGCUCCGCGACUACCAGAAGCAGAAGGACACCCAGGCCAACGCCGACGUCCCGCUCUCCGCCGCUGCCCAGAAGCGAUACCAAGAUCUGAUGGGCCGCUCGCUCCGCCAGUUCAACCUGCAAGACGCCGUCAAGAUCCCCGCCUUGACCUCGGCCCCGUCCCUCUCCAAGAUCCCUGCCCCCGAGAAGUUCUAAACGCUCUAAACAAGCAAACCAAAACCUCACUCUCACCCCAGAGGGCACUUUGGGCAUUUUCUUUUUUUGUGUACUAGCUUCCCCAAUUUUUUUUGAACAGUUUUUUUUUUCUGCCAGCGGGGCAUGUGUGUGCCUUUUUGUUUUGCGACGUUGAGCGCAACUGGAAGAAAACACAAUACACAUUGCAUUCGCGCUU